AAUCAAAGCGGGCUAAUUAGUUCACCCGACACUGAAACAUUAAGUAUUCUUAACUAAUAAUAUCGUUUUGAUUUCACAGGGCUUAGUAUGUCUAAGUGAACACUGUCACUUAACUUGAAACGUCUAAGUUAACAGGCGUACGUGAGGGGACGUGACGUCUGACGUCACUACACCCAACUGUUCAGGGCACGUAUCAAGAAAAUUCAAGAUGGCUGGACUUUAGCGAGGGAUGCAACGGAACGAAGAAAGGAGGAAAAACAUUUAUAUUCAUCAAAAAACCUGCACAACAACGAACAUUUUUUCGCCGUGCUGUUGCAAAAUUGACUUUUAUCUGUGUUUUGUGUUCCGGGGGACCCCGACUUCAGGAUUUCAAAGUUUCGCGCGCGAAGCGGUGUUUGCAGAGUUUCAUCGCAUUACAAACCUGAAUCUACGCAACCAGUUUUACUGUGAACUUGACCGAUACACACCAAAACUAGUUGCACUGUAUCGACAGAAGUCUUCAAGGACUGGAAAGGGAGCAGAGGCACUGCGAGAGAUGCUGAGAAUUUAUGACUUGGAGGAAGAACAUGAUAUCAACAUGCGACGCACUCUGGCUCUUCGUGCACUUCCAGUGUAUCUCCGGGAGGAUGACACUGAAUUCUACAAAACCUGUAAUGGUGAAGAUGAGAUGGAGACCACUGACACACCGCUAGCGAUCCUCUCUGUGGUCCCUGACUCCACUGGUUCCAUUAGCUUCAGCCCUGAGAACAUAUCCAUUGUGAUAGAGGAUGAAGUUGUUAUGAGCGAGCUUCCCAGGUUGGCUGAUGCAUUUGUGGUGCUGCUUGGUUUAAUCUAUGCAUUACACUUAGAUUAUCCAAAGAAGCUCACUCACACAUUCACAUUCAUCCAGAAAGUGCUGAUGUGUCUGGAUGAUAACAAACCACUGAAACCAUGCCUACUCUCCCUGAAAAAUGAUUUGUUAAAGGAAUAAACAAGCUGAGAAAUGCAUGCCUGCACUCAGCAGGCCAACAUUAUUACA